AUGAUGAGAAGAACGAGCCCUGAGACCAUCCGGGAAGAGCUGGAGCCUAGACUCUCAGCCGGAGCCUGCAUCCACCUCACCGAAUCCGAAGAGUUUGCUAAAUCGAACCUGCGAUUCACAGACUAUGAGCGUCCGACGUAUCUUGCGGCUGUUGAGCCGGCGUGCGAAGAGGAUGUGAUUCAAGUCAUGAAAUAUGCCCGAGAAAAAGACAGUCCGUUCGCACCUCGAUCAGGACACCAUGCUGUCACUACGACGAUGCGGCACCUGAAAGACGGGAUCCUCAUCGACAUGCGUCCGCUAAACAAGUUAGAAUUUGACGCCGAAAGGCAUCAAGUUACCGUCGGCGGAGGCGUCAUAACGGACAACUUUGUCAAGUACCUUGAGUCGGUUGGGAUGGAAGUUAACGUUGGGUCCUGCCCGACCACGGGUGUGAUAGGAGUUGCAUUCGGAGCCGGUCUCGGCCGUCUCCAAGGAAAAUACGGCUUCUUGCACGAUAACAUGGUGUCUUGUAAGAUGGUGCUCGCCGACGGCAGCGUUGUUCUGGUGUCCAAGAAUUCCAACCCCGAAUUGUUCUGGGCUAUCCGCGGAGCUGGGCACAACUUUGGCAUCGCGCUAGAGGCUACGUUUCGCGUACAUCCACAGGCAAACAAGGGCAUACACUAUACUUGGGACCUGGAGUAUACUGUUGAGCAGUGUGAUUCUGUCUUUGAGACACUCAACAGCGUUCAUGAAGUGAUGCCAGCCAAUUUGGCCAUCUUCGUGCUGUGGCAUCAUAUACUCGUCAAUCUGGUUUGGUCUGGUCCCGAAACCGAGGCAGAUCCAUGGAUUCAACGGUUCAAGAACCUAAACCCCGUUAUCAACAGCGGGAAACUAACCACAACAUGGGCUGACCUCCCAUGGAAAACAUACAAAGGCAUGAACAACGUUCUCAGUAAGCCAGAGGUCUGGUCUAAAGCGCCUUACAAGAUGAUGGGGGCUGCUUGCGUCGAGAAGUUCGAUCUCAAGACCACCCGGGCAUUUUUCGAGAGUGUCAGGUCCAUGAACGAAGAAUGGGCGGGCAAGGGCUUCUUCGGGGCCAUGUUCGAAUGCUUGCCCCACCAAAAAGUACGAGAGCUACCCAGCGAAGCGACGGCAUUCCCUUGGCGCGGGGGAUCGAAUCAUUUCUUAAUGCUCAUGGCGACGCCGUUGAAGCUUGAGUUUAAACCAAAGUUCGAGGAGCACCUUGACCGGUGGAAGAAGGAGUUCAUCGCAACGUCGGGUUACGGUCGACUGCAGCAGUACGUGAACUAUGGCAACACGACAACUACGAUGAAGGAUCCUCCAGAAGCGUUGUAUGGUUAUGAGCCUUGGAGGUUAGAGAAGUUGCGUGCCUUGAAGCAGCGUUACGACCCCGACAAUGUGUUUUGCUGGUACCAGCCUUUGGUAGAGCCCGAGGCUUCAGAUGUAGUAAAUGUCGCUUGA